CCGCCCCAGGCCCGGUGCUCGGUGCCUGCAGGGGUGUAUUCACAGCUGGGGGUGCAGGAGCAUUUCCAUUCAGGAUUUAGGGGUCACAGUGAUUAACACUCAAACAACAAAAAUUCAUAUAACCUAAAUGUAUAUUGCAGACAAAAAAAAAAAUUUUUGUUACAUUUACUAGCGGUCAUAUCCAUGACAACGAGUGAGGUCUGUAGUCCUGUACGAACGUUUGGAUUCAGCCUGUACCUUUAGCCUUGCUACCCCUGCGGCUUCAUCCGAACGACAUCAUCCUGAUCCCGCCAAGCAUUUCGAUGUCAGUCAGACGUCUGAUCGAUGUCAGCCGUGGAGGUUGAUAAUGAUGCCAGUUAGUGGGGCAGAAAUGAAAAGUGGUCACGUCACGAUUCAACAUCGAUCAGCUUGGUAGCCUCGAUGCAGGUCGGGAGGUUGUUUUGGGGGAUUAAUUAGGCUUAAUGAGCACAGGUGACCAUGUGCUGGAGGUACUCAGCCUUUGACCUUCAUUCAGUAUUCAUGUUCAGACUCUUAAUAAUCGAUCGAGCGGUGCCGUCCAGCUGAGAGGUAAUAAAAACCCAAAUGUCUCUGGCACUGAUGGGCUGGACUGUCUGCCCCUGCUGCAGGGUGCUACAGCCUCAGGGACGUAUAUGCAUGCAGUCAUACCCAACACUCCCUGUGAAGCGCCUGUACUGUUUCCAUAUCCAACACUCCUUGUGAAGCGCCUGUGCUGUUUCCAUACCCAGCACUCCCUGUGAAGAGCCUGUCCUGUUUCCAUACCCAGCACUCCCUGUGAAGAGCCUGUGCUGUUUCCAUACCCAACACUCCCUGUGAAGCGCCUGUGCUGUUUCCAUACCCAACACUCCCUGUGAAGAGCCUGUGCUGUUUCCAUACCCAACACUCCAUGUGAAGAGCCUGUCCUGUUUCCAUACCCAACACUCCCUGUUAAGAGCCUGUGCUGUGUCCAUACCCAACACUCCCUGUGAAGAUCCUGUGCUGUCUCCAUACCCAAUGCUCCCUAUGAAGAGCCUGUGCUGUUUCCAUACCCAACACUCCCUGUGAAGAUCCUGUGUUGUCUCCAUACCCAACACUCCCUGUGAAUAGCCUGUGCUGUCUCCAUACCCAACACUACCUGUGAAGAGCCUGUGCUGUCUCCAUACCCAACACUCCCUGUGAAGAGCCUGUGCUGUCUCCAUACCCAACACUCCCUGUGAAGUGCCUGUGCUGUUUCCAUACCCAACACUCCCUGUGAAGAGCCUGUGCUGUCUCCAUACCCAACACUCCCUGUGAAGCACCUGUGCUGUUUCCAUACCCAACACUCCCUGUGAAGAGCCUGUGCUGUCUCCAUACCCAACACUCCCUGUGAAGCACCUGUGCUGUUUCCAUGGCUGCGGGCACAAGGUUCAAAAUGGCUUUCAGGGAAGGUUCAGUUAUACGCUGCCCUGAUUGGUUCUAAUGAGCUAGAAGGCCCGCUUUCCCUGAAUUCUGGCCAAUCCGCGAGGAGAGUGCAGAGCUGGUGUUCGACACCGCAAGAAGGCUCUGAUGUUGGGGAGCCCUGAGCUGACAGUCAGCACUAAGGCACAUGGAGGAGCAGGAGAGGAGCCGGUCCCCGUCCCGCAGGACCAGCCGUGUGGAGCAGGUGGUCGGGCGAUGGCUACGGCGCUCUCGAGAGUCCGGCAGCAGAGAGAGGACACAAGGGGACGGGAAACCUGGUGACUCUGGCGGGAUGGACCAGCGAAACUUCCCCAUCAGGGUGACGGUACAGAUCCUGCGGGACCCCCUGCUGGACUCCCACGGAUUCAGCCUCUCCUCCCAGCCCCCCAUCCUGGUGCGGGACGUCUCUGUGGGUGGCCCAGCAGAUGGGAGACUAGCUCCAGGUGAUCAGGUGUUAAAGAUCAACAGCGUUGCCAUAGAAGACCUCUCCUCAGAACAGGCUGCUGACAUCAUCAGGGAGUCAGAGGACUCGGUAACCAUGACGAUUCUCAGGCAUACCGUGGGGCCGAAGUCUUCCUUCAUCACUGCGGAGAAGAGGGCGCGUCUCAGGACCAAUCCGGUGAAGGUGCGCUUCGCAGAGGAAGUGGUCGUCAACGGCCACUCUCAGGGAAACUCUCUGCUCUUCCUACCCAACGUUCUGAAGGUCUACCUGGAAAACGGACAAACAAAGGCCUUCAAGUUCGAGGCCAACACCACAGUGAAGGACAUUGUGCUGACUCUGAAAGAGAAGCUGUCCAUCCACUGCAUCGAGCACUUCGCCCUGGUCCUGGAGCAGCAGUACAGCAUCAGCAAGCUACUGUUCCUGCACGAUGAGGAGCUCAUCCAACAGGUGGUGCAGAAGAAGGAGUCCCAUGACUACCGGUGUCUGUUCCGCGUCUGCUUCCUGUCCAGAGACCCGCUGCACAUGCUGCAGGAGGACCCUGUGGCUUUCGAGUACCUGUACCUGCAGAGUGUUGGAGACGUGAUGCAGGAGCGCUUCGCAGUGGAGAUGAAAUGCAACACUGCGUUGCGAUUGGCUGCGCUGCACAUCCAGGAGAGGCUGGCCAUCGCUGGCCACGCCCACAAGACCUCCCUCAAGACCAUCACGAAAAACUGGGGCAUUGAGAACUUUGUAUCCCAAACUUUGCUGAGGAACAUGAGAGAGAAGGACUUGCGAAAGGCCAUUAGCUACCACAUGAAGAAGACCCAGGCACUGUUGGAGCCCAGGCACAAGGUGAUGUCAGCGUCUCAGGUGCGACUGACCUACCUGACCCAACUCGGGGAACUCAAGUCUUACAGCGGGAAGUCAUUCAGUGCCACCAUGAUGCUCCAGGACAGGGAGUCCAUGGUCAGCCUCCUGGUGGGGGCCAAGUAUGGUGUCAGCCAGGUGGUCAACCACAAGCUGAACAUCAUGACCACCCUGACCGAGUUCAGCAGCGUCAGUAGGGUGGAGCUGCUUCCUGAGUCUGACAAAGUUAGCCUGGUCAAGAUCUACCUGCAGGAUGUCAAGCCCAUCACCCUGAUGCUGGAGUCCCAAGCUGCUAAAGACUUGUGCUGUCUGGUGUCUGGCUACUGCAAGCUUCUGGUGGACUCAACGGCAUCCGUCUUCUCGUGGAUGGAGAAUCCCAAGAUGCACCGCAUCUCAGCUGAAGAAGGUUACGUGUCCCGGGGCUGCAGCGACUCAGAAGAGUCUUCAGAGAUGGACUCCGCUGACGUGCUGGUCAACCGGCGUUUCUCUAGUGACGACACCAGGGUGGCGCCAGAGAGCGAGCAGCAAGCAGAGGAGGAGGGGCAAGAGGGGGAUGGAAACCAGAGAGAAGGAGGGACACAAGGAGAGAGGGAAGGAAACAAGGGAGAAGUAGGAGGGAGACAAGGAGAAGGUGAAGGAAACAAGAGAAAAGAAGAAGGGACACAAGGAGAGGGAGAAGAAAACAAGAGAGAGGAAGGAGGGACACAAGGAGAAGGGGCAGGACCCAAGCCUGAGGGAGUAGACUGUGAGGCAGCUGGGUGUGGAGAGCAGCAGGAGUGCUCUGGGGAGGACUUGCUCUCCGAGGCGUCGGACUCCUGCCACACUGACUCUCGCUUUUACACCAGCCUCUCCAGUGACUCCAUGGAUGCUCUGGAGGAGGAUGACCUGGUGGCCUGUUCGUCCUGCCUUCCCUUAGGCCACUACCUGCUGGACACUCCCGAGCAGCACGAAGUAGGGAAUGGGGCCACCGCUCCCAAGGAGAGCACUAGCCCACAUCCCUCCAGUGUCUGCGACUAUGACAGCGACCCCGGCCUCCGCUUUGCCGAGCUCUCCCAGCUGGCCGACCUCCUGCCCAGCCCCCCAGAGGCCAGUGAAGAAGAGGAGGGGGAUGAGGAAGGGUCUAGUCUGCCUACAAAGCGGGAAUACGUGUUCACCUUUGAGGAGAAUGACGCCCGGCACUAUUACAAUAUCUGCUCCAAUGUUACCCCCGACAGCGCUCGCAGCCUGCCAAGGCCACGCCCUGACCCCAGCCAGGAAGAGGGGGAAGAAGGGCGGGGCCCACUGCCGGACAUGGAGCCCGUCCCCAUCCUCCAGCCCCCACCCGGGUUUGGGGACAGCAGCUCUGAGGAUGAGUUUUUUGAUGCCCAGGACAUGUUCACUUCAUCCGAGGUCACAGGAGAGGCGACCACAGAUGGCAGCGGGGACACAGCAGGCAUGGGGCGAACACUGAGCCUGAGUGACAUUGAUAUCAGUGUGCCGGAGCAAAGUGUGGAUACAGAGCAGGACGACAGAGGAAGGAGUGUCUUGCGACACGGGCGGAAAAAAUCCCGCAAACGCCGCUCCUUCAUGGAGACGGACUUCACCUCGCAAGUGUCCUUUCCUGGGCAGGGCAGGGACUUAGUGGAUGAGGACCAGCUCCCGUGUCCCACUGUCUCCUCCCUGAGCAACGGAGAGGGGGAGCCAGCCCAGCUGGAAUCCAAGCCUAUUGGCGGCUCAGACGGCCACCCGCCGGCGCCCUCUCGCAGUGGCUCCGAGGACUCUGGGGUCCGCAGGAGCAAGCGCAUCUCCUCAGAGCUGAUGGAGAUGGAGCCAGACACCAUGGAGUUCAAGUCAGUGACUGCACUGAUGUCAGCGGCAGCACCCCUGGUCAUGGCGGUAAGGUGUCGCGUGGGGCCUGAGGGGCGGGAGAGUGCCGGGCAGCAGUUUCAGAAGAUGAAGGAAGGAGAAGACCUUGCGGAAACAGGAGAAAUCCUCAACAUCCCAGAAAACCUUGCAGAAACAGGAGGAACCCUCAACAUCCCUUCCACUUCUGAUGAACAUGUCAAGGUCAAGGACUCUUUGGGGGAGGAGAGUAACAUCCCAGUCCCUAAGGAACAACACGGUCAAAAGUCACAGGAAGAGUCACUAAUGCAGCAGUUGCCCCCUUAUUUGGAAGGAGGGGGUGAAGCUGAAGAUGAUCUUGUUUUUACUGAAAAUGGGACUUGCCCUAUCCCGGCAACACCACCACAAAUGGUACUACCUCCUGCUCCAUCUGUGUCCAACAUCCCUGGAAAGGAUGAGGAGGAGGAAGGAGGACUGAGUGACAAGGAGGACCCAGAAGCAGAAUCUAACAGUGCCACUUUGGAUUGCUGGGGGGGGAGCAGCACCUACCUGGCUCUAGCCUUCAGGAAAGGCAUCUCCAUCAGUCACGAGUGUCUUAUGCGGGUUGGAGCCGAGACUGUUUCUGAAACUGCUGGCUCCGCUGCUGCCAGUGAAGCAGCCAUCAUAACCAAGGAGCCUCCAGCUGGCUUCAAGUUUCAGAACUGCCCUUCAGGGAUUAUGAACCGGCUGUCCACCUCCACCCUGCGAGGAAAAAUCCAAACUCUCCCCUGGUACUUAUCCCGCUCACAGGAGGCUUUGAGUGAAUGUGUAAUCAGCACCACUGACAACAGCAGCAGCUCAGGAGUAUCCUCUGAGGCUAUGGAGGCAACUGAGGACACAAAAGAGGUCACUGAGGUCAUAGAUGAGGUCACUGAGGUUGCAGAGGAAGCUACAGAGGAAGUCACAGAAGUGGUCUCUGAAGCAUCGGAGGAGGUAACAGAGGUUUUGGCAGAGGCUGUAGAGGCCGACCCUUGCUUUGGGCUGCAGGAUACUUUUACGGAUAUGGAAGUCGGGGUCACUGCACUCCCUCACAUGCUUCUGACACCACAGACUUGUGGGGACUUGCCUCUGAGUCUCCACCCCCUGGGGUCUACAGACUGGUCAGUUGAUGGGUCAUCUCCAGCCACAAGGGAGGAAGCAGAUGCAUCUACCCCAACUUGUGGGGUCUUGACACCCUGUGAGUCCAAGCAGCCCCAACCCUGGGCUCCCUUCUGCCCUGAAGGGAAGGUGAGCUUUGGAUGUGGCUCCAUGUCAUCCCCAGGGUGUCCCACCAUACCUGAGGAGGCCCCCACACACCAGGAGGUCUGCAGCUGUCAAGCCGUCUACACUAACUGCUUCAGUGGGGCACUGGAUGUGACUGGAUUCGAUGAGGAGCUGACAGUCUACGAAUUCUCUCGUCAAACACAGGGAACGGAUGGGUCCCCCUUGAUGACCGGCCCACCUUCCUCUUUCUCCUCCUCCUCCUCAGUAUUUUCCUCCUCUCCCUGCAUCUCUCCUUUUUCCAGGGUUGUCCUCCCACCUUCCACCGCAGAGCUGAGUCCCCUACUGUCUCCACUGUACCCCUCUGACUGCUACCUGCCCGAGUCCCUGGAGGACACGCUCAACCAGCUGCGCAACCGCCGCUACAGCCUCUCUGGGGGCUUCGCUGCCUUACAGCAGGACGUGGAUGAGCUUCUGGCUCUCUUGCAGCCCCGUGGGGUAGAUCUCCCGGUCAGGGGGGGGCAGCACCACCGGGAGACCUGCGCCGACCACUUCUCUGAGAACAAGCGGCUCCUCCACGCGGAGGCGCGCAAGCUGAUGUCCGGAUGCCAGCGCGUGACCCGGGUGGGCCAGGCCCCGGAGGAGACUCUGCGGUGCCUGGCCGAGAGCUUCCGCACCCUGGUGCAGCUGGCCAGCGUGUGCCUGUGGUUCUCCAGCUGCGUGCGGUGCGAGGGCCGCCACGCUGAGGCCCUGUCGGGCCUGAGGGAGGUGGCUCGGACGUUUGGAGAGUUCGCCCAGGCCGCCGAGAAGGCCGGGGGGAGGAAGAGCUGCCAGGACCUGAGCGUGAAGCUGCUGGCCAGACAGUGCACCGCACUCACGGCCUCCAUCUUCUGCCUCACACAACUCUUCCGCACGCUCACUGCGCUCUGAGGCCACCUUAGACCCCCCAAACCACCAAAGAGAUGCACGUGAGGAGCAUGAGCAUGCACUCAUCCUUCCAUCUGACAUCCUUCCACCUGACAUACGCUCAGCCCAGUAAAGAAGGGGAAUGUCUUGGGCAGCCAGGACUCUCUGUCUACAGCCACUCUCUGGUCUCCCACAAUAUCAGUUACUAGAACAGUGAAAAAGAUAAUUUUAUUUGCUUAAAUAUUUUAGUUUUUUUAAGCAUAUGAAAUGUAUAUAUUAUUGAAUUGCGUAAUUAAAUUUCUGUAUACAUUUA